CAGCCUAGACGUUGUGCUGCCUGAGGAAAGAGCGAUUUUGCCUCCUUGAGGUGAAUGCGGCCUCAAGGGCCCAUCUUUGUGGGCCUGCCCCACCUGGGGCCCAUCUUGAUCUGGACAGUCACUCAAAACCAGAUGUCUGGAUGGUGUGAGGUCCCCAAGAAGCUGCCCUGGUGUCCGCCUCACAAGGUCAUCGUGCUCGUGUGGACAGCCAUCUACUCAGUCAUGGGCUAUGCCUCCUACCUGGUGUGGAAGGACCUGGGAGGGGGCUUCCAGUGGCCCCUGGCGCUGCCUCUUGGCCUCUAUGCUCUACAGCUCAUCGUCAGCUGGAUUGUCCUGAUGCUCUUCUUGUCAGCUGACAACUCUGGUCAGGCACUGAUGUACCUGCUGCUGCUGUUUGGGCUGGUGGUGAGCACGGUGUGCAUCUGGCACCCCAUCAACAAGCUGGCUGCUCUGCUCCUGCUGCCCUACCUGGCCUGGCUGACUGUGACCACCGCCAUCACCUACCACCUCUGGAGGGACAGCCUGUGUCCCUCACACCAGCCUCAGCCCACAGAGAAGGGUAACUGA